UCAUAACCCCAAUUAUUUUAUAUAUGCAUACUAAAAAUUACAACAACAACGAAAUAGAAAAAUCAACACCUUCUCCCUUAUGUUUCAUAAUAAUCUACUACAAAAACUGAAUGUCUGAACAAUUCCUUUGAAAAAUUUCAAAACAGAUCCUACAUUUGAGUAAACAACUUGAAAUUCGGAACUUGCCAUAUCAAAACAAAUCCAACCUCUCUUUUCUUUCUUCCUUUCAAACAACACACUCUAAUACAUUAACUACAAUUUCAUUACAAAAACGACACCGUUUCAACACAAAUCCUUCAUUAUAAUUCAAAAAGAGAAAUAUGAGCAAGAAGCAACAACAAGUGAAUCUUGACGACGAACAAAUAACAGAGUUACGAGAAAUUUUCCGAUCAUUUGAUCGGAACAACGACGGAACCCUAACACAAUUAGAACUAAGUUCUCUUCUCCGAUCGCUUGGUUUAAAGCCGAGCGCCGAGCAAUUAGAUGGAUUUAUACAGAGAGCGGACACGAACAACAACGGACUGAUUGAAUUCUCGGAGUUCGUUGCGUUGGUGGCGCCGGAGCUUUUGCCGGCGAAGUCGCCGUAUACGGAUGAGCAACUGAAACAGCUGUUUAGGAUGUUUGAUCGGGAUGGGAAUGGAUUUAUAACGGCGGCAGAGUUGGCUCAUUCGAUGGCGAAAUUGGGACACGCGCUGACGGCGGAGGAGUUGACGGGAAUGAUAAAGGAAGCGGAUACGGAUGGUGAUGGGAUGAUCAGUUUUCAGGAGUUUUCUCAUGCGAUUAGUUCUGCUGCUUUUGAUAAUUCUUGGGCUUGAUUUCUUCCUUCUCUAUUUUUACAGAUUAGGGCCAAACGUGGAUUCAUUAAAGGCAGACUCUGUCGUGUGAUGAAAUAGUGCCCAUCAACCAUUGUCCAAGCCUUUCCUUCCACGAGUCAAUUUUCUGUCCACAGUGGUGGUAAAUUAGUGAUGGAGCUAGUGCUUAGGUUUGAAUCACAAAAUUUUGUAUGCUUUUUCAUACCCUUUUCCUAUAUGAGGAAAAGAGCCAGACCAUCAACUUUCGGAUUUUGUGAUGAUGUUUAAAGUUAAUAGUUUUAAAUAAAUAAAAAAAUUAAAUAUGUUUUUAAUC